UGUUCAAGCCACCCAACAGCUGCCGCUUUUCCGUGGCGGUGGAAGCACCGCACCAUGUCCUUGGCCUUUGGGUGGCAAGCGCCUUUUAAGCGGCUAAAGACCGCACCACAGGUGCAUCAGGAGCUGGGCUCUGCCUUCGCCGCCUGCGAGGAGGAGAUUGAGGAUGAACUCCUCGAGCCCAACCUGACUGCCAACAUCACUGGACAGUUGGAGGAUGCUGAGCUGAAAAGAAAGAGGCUUCGCUCCGAGGGGAGCGUCUUGGCGCAGGCGGAGCGCUAUGCAGAGGCACUGCAGCACUGGGAGGAAGCUUUGCUCUUCACUGAUGAUCCUUGUGAGAAGGCGCCCAUAUUGGAGCAGAUGGCUCAAGUCUUGCUGAUCCUGGAGCGUCCCUUCGAUGCCAUUAGGACAGCUCCGAGCCCGCCCAUGUGGCAAGAGGCCCCUCUGGUAUGCAGGUCAUGUGACCUUGGGGCGGGCUUUGCGCAACUUCGGCGAGCUGGAGCGUGCGCUGGAGUCGCUGCGUCGUGCCAAAGACUUGCUGUCUCAGGAUGUGGCGCAGCACGGUGAUCGCCCAAGUGAUCUGCAAGAGGAGCUUCAAGAGUUGUCCUUGGAGCUCUUAGAGGCAGAGGAGAUCUGGUCCCAGGUGAAGGAGAAGGCCAGCAAGACCAGCACGGAGGUCAUCAUGAAUGGCCGGGUCGUGGAGUCACACUUCUGGCAGACUGCCUUAAAGGUGACGUACGACGCAGAGGGGCGACCGACGACGCACUUUCCGCCUGACACUGGAAGCACGCCAGCAAACGGCGGC